GGCAAGAGUCUCAGCAAGCUUCCAAGAAGCACACCAGACCUCCAAGCUUCUCUCAACCCUUAGCUUCCAAAAACCCUGCACUUGGGGGGCAAGGAGGCCAAGGACUUCGACUCGGGGGGCAAACGUCCCAGUCCGGGCCUUUGAGGAUUCCUGAACAGCAGCAAGGCCUAGAUGAUACAAAUUGUGGCAGCAAUUUCAGGCCUGGGCGCAACAGCCAACAUUCAGGAGUAUUCCAAAAACUUUUGGAUGGUAAGCUGUUUCCAUGUUUGGAGAAGCGAAAAGACAGGUCUGUUUCAACGUAAAAGGAGCAAGAUUUCGGGCCUGGAAUAAGCCAGAACAUGGAAAGUCCAAUUAUGAGGCAAGAUCAGCCCAUUCUCUCCUCUCAGAAGCUUUCUCAAGUGUCUGAAGAGCUACCACACGUAGAUUCAGUCUUAGGCAGUGAUGCAAGUCAGGAACGAUCUAGUCAUGCCAUUGGCCUUAGGGCCAGGUCUGAAUCGCAUGUCGCACCCGUUCUGGAGCAGGAGGAAUUGAAUGAAGAAGAGGAAAUCGAUGGCACUCUAGGGCUUGAUCUUGAUUCAUUUGUAAUUGGAGAUCCCCCUCCUCCACCGGUUAAUGAAGGCCUUUUUGGCAUUGUCCAAACUGCCAAAAGGCAUUACAAGCAUAGGCCAACUGUAGGCCUUAAAGUUGCAGAACUACGCCCUCAUUGGAUUUGUGGGGCACAUCAAAAGCGGAUCUUAUUCACUUGGCUUACGCAAAAACGUUGUGGUUGUAAAAAGGGCUAAGUAGCCAAUGAAAAGUCCUUCAUAGGCCGAACAAGCAUCUCUAAAAUGUUCGGCCAAGGCCUAUCAGUCCUUGAGUAGGUCCUAUCAGAGUUUUACUAGGCCUUUUCCGCAGAGGUGGAGGCCUUUUUGUUUUAUUGAGUAGGCUUGAAAGUUCACAAGCAGAGGUUCAGGCCUUCCAAUCUAUUUUUAGUCCUUACCAGGCCCUUUUCAUGAUCCUAUUGCUUCUCUACAACCAGGCCUGGACACAGGACUUUAUUGAUUUACAAAGGUCUUUUCCGCAAAGACGAAGGCCCUUUGAGCCCUUUGUUAAGGCCUGAACCACAUUUCUAAGCAUUUCAAGACGAAGUUCAGGC